GUUUGGUUUAGCCUCAUGCCCGUGAUUGAUCUUGCGUCACGACUGGCGGAUAGACAACACGUCCGUAAAACAACAACCGCGACGCCUGGCUACGUUGCCCCUGUGAGACGACAGCCAGAUGUCAAAGUGGACUCGUGAAGGAAAAUCAGAACGCGUCUGGGCGGCUUCGAAAGCGAUUCGACCAACUUGCUAGCGAGAUGGCCGACACCCAAGUUUCCUUCUCUCCCGCACUGCAUCUGCUCCAGUUAAGCCCCGCCCACACAUCAGCGCCCGCUCCCCCGUCCCUCUCGCCCACCACCUUCUCGUGCCCGUCGUCGCCCUCCAGCACCUCGUCGUCAUCCUCGUCAUCGUCGUCGCGUUGUUCCGAGAGCUGUUCGGACUGCCCGUCUCGACGACAGCGGCGGCGCCGCCUGGCGCCUCGCCCCCAGCCAGCCAAGGACGAACAUCCGUCUUCGGCCACUGUCAGCCCCCGCAGCUCCAGCCCCGGCGGCAGCAGCGCCAGCCUCAGCAGCGACACCCAAGAUCCCGUGGCUGCCACUCCGCCUCCCAUGGACAACAAAGAGGAGGAGGAGGAGCUCCAAGUGAUUGACGCAGAGGUGGCGCUGAAGGCGUGCCAGGAAGUCCUGCUGAAGGUCCAAAUGCAGCAGCAAGAUGGAGCCAUCCGAGAGGAGGACGAGGAGCGGUGGGCAGACGCACGUGUCUUGUCGCCGGCCUCUGAUCGCUCCUCGUGGCUACUGCGCCUGUUCCAGUCCAAGCUGUUUGACGCGUCCAUGGCGGUGGCCUACCUGUUCAAGUCCAAGGAGCCGGGAGUGCAGGCCUAUAUAGGGAACCGCCUCUUCGGCUUCCCGCCCGCCGAUGUGGACUUUUACCUGCCUCAGCUGCUCAGCAUGUACGUGCACAUGGACGGCGAGGUGGGCGACGCCAUCCGGCCUUAUCUGGUGCACCGCUGCGGGAGCAGCAUCGUCUUCUCGCUCCUGUGCGCGUGGCUGCUGGGUGCCUACUCGUCCGACAUGCACAUCUCGGCCCAGCGACAUUCGCGAGGGGCCAAACUUCGCAAACUCAUUCUGUCCGACCAGCUGCGGCCCCCCAUGGCCACCGCCGCCACCCCACCGCCAAUGGCCUCGCCAAGCGCGUCGCCCUCCCAGAGGUGCCACCAGAGGUCCAAGUCGGACGCCAACAUCGCCGCCCCACCCGGCGGGCCCGGCGGUGCCUUGCGCAGGGCAGGAAGUAACCCGAAAGUGGAGGCGCACCAACAGGAGCCGGAGCGUCUGCGUCCUCAGCGGGAGCUGGUCAAGUCUCUGCUGGCGAUCGGUCGCCGGCUGGCAUCGCUGCACAGUAAAGAGCAGAAGACGCAGCGUCUGAUCUCGGAAUUGUCGCUGCUGAACCACAAACUUCCCGCCAGAGUUUGGCUGCCCACUGCCGACUUCCACCACCACCUGGUCAGGAUUCCGCACACGCAGGCCGCCGUGCUCAAUUCCAAAGACAAGGCUCCGUACAUCAUCUACGUGGAGGUGCUGGAAUGCGAAAACUUUGAGACGUCGGCUGUCCCCACCCGCAUUCCUGAGACUCGGAUCCGCUCGGCCCGCUCCGCCGACAACCUGGACUGCAGCACUGAUGCCUCGAUCACCGUCCCCGGUGGACACCUCUCCAGCGUGCAAAACGACGACGACGCCUGGGCCAUUGACGACAUUGGACAACUGCAAGUGGAGGUUCAGACGAGCAGCAGUGACAACCUGAGUCAGUUUUCGCUGGACAGCCUGACCAGCGUGGAGAGCAGGGAGGUGUUUGUCGCCGCCGGAGACAUCAGACGCCGCCUGUCGGAGAACCUGGCGCACAUGUCCACUUCCUUCAGGAAGGACCCCGAGGACCCUUCGGCUGUCGCCCUCAAAGAACCCUGGGGGGAGAAAGUCAGGCGUAUCCAGGAGACGUCUCCUUACGGCCACCUCCCCGGCUGGCGUCUCCUUCCCGUCAUCGUCAAGUGCGGAGACGACUUGAGACAAGAGCUUUUGGCUUAUCAGGUGCUCACGCAACUCCAGGCCAUCUGGCAUCAAGAGCGACUUCCCCUGUGGAUCAAACCCUACAAGAUCCUGGUGAUGUCAUCAGACAGCGGCAUGAUCGAACCCGUCCUCAAUGCCGUGUCCCUGCAUCAGGUGCACAAGCAGAGUCAGCUGUCGCUGCUGGACUACUUCCUGCAGGAACACGGCAGCUUCACCACCGAACAAUUCCUCAGCGCUCAGAGGAAUUUUGUGCAAAGCUGCGCCGGCUACAGCCUCGUCUGUUACCUCCUGCAAGUCAAAGACAGACACAACGGUAACAUCCUGCUGGACUCGGAAGGUCACAUCAUUCACAUCGACUUCGGCUUCAUCUUGUCCAGUUCUCCGCGCAAUCUCGGCUUUGAGACGUCUGCCUUCAAGAUGACCGCCGACUUCGUGGAGGUGAUGGGCGGUCUGGAAGGCGACAUGUUCGUCUACUAUAAGAUGCUGAUGCUGCAAGGGAUGAUCGCUGCCAGGAAGCACAUGGACAAGGUGCUGCACAUCGUGGAGAUCAUGCAGCAAGGUUUGCCCCUGGCGUGCUUCCAGGGCUCAGGGACCAUCCGCGGCCUGAAGGAGCGUUUCCACAUGAGCUUGACGGAGGAGCAGUUGCAGCUGCUGGUGGAGCGGCUGGUGAACGGCUCCGUGCGCUCCAUCACCACCAAACUCUACGACUCUUACCAGUACGUCACCAACGGUAUCAUGUGACCCAACGACCAUCCUCUGGUGGAGACGGACAGUCCGGGACUGCCCAGCUCAAACGUUUUGCUUCUUCUGCCUCUUCUUAUUCUACGUCCUUCCUCUUGGACUUGUGCUGCGGUCCAUUAUUAUGCUUCUUAUUUUCUUCUAUAUCUUGAUUCUUUUUCCUUCCGCUGCUGCCUAUUAUGCCUCCUAAUUUUUGUGGGGGUUUUGCUUCCGUUUCCUUUAGCUGCUUCAUUUUGUUCCUUCGCCUCUCGGCUGCCGCUUCUUCCUCCUUUGCCUGCUGUUCUACUGAAGCACACGACAAGACGUCUCCACGCGACCUGUAACUUUUCUGUUGCGUCGUCGCUACAACGCGACAGCCGCAACGUCUGCACGAGCGUAGCUUGUUAGCAUUUAUUCCAUCCAUGCGCACGCGAUACACGCUGAAUGUUUUGUUUGUUGUGUCCUUCCAGUCUGAAAAGUUCACGUCGGCAUCUCAUAGUUGUGACGGGAAUGUGAACAUCGGCGUGAGCUUUGAAACCAGGUUUUUGUUUACAUGGUGAACGAAGGUCCGUUUGUAAUUUCACACUGACGCAACAUUUUGAAUGGGGCGUUUUGGUUUGAAAGCAACAUUUUUGUCGUUUACUGUUCACGGAAGCUAGUUUGGUUUCCUGAAGAACAGAUGCACUCCGUUUACGCGACACAACUCCUUGCCGCUGUUGCGAUUGGCCAACACUACAUUCCUUUGAUUGACUCCAGGAGGCACGUUUACAAUGCGGUUGUACGACUGCUAAAGGAGGACCUGAUUGAAGACGCUUUGUGUGAAACCACACCUUUGUAUUAUUGCCAAUGACGGAGCUAGUCUACCUUAAUGGUAGCCAACUGCGAACACAUCAUUCUAAAUUCUAAUACUAAAAUGUACAGUCUGUAUUUAUAUUUACUGCAGGGCUGUCAAAUUGUACUAACCACUUAACUAUUUUUUUAAGUAAUAAAAACUUUGAAUUGGA